AUGCCCCAAUCCGAACGUCCAUCUAGUCCCCUCUCAAUCCUCGACGAAGAGGCCUUCAACAAUCCCGAGAGUUACAAGCUUGUGGAAGAGGCCACUGAUUCGGAACUCUUCGACCCACCUCGUUUUGGCGUCCUACAUCCUUCCCAACUUCCGACGCGCAAUGGUAAACGGGCGUCAAGAAAGAGGCAGUAUGUCGAGCUAGAGCAGGUUGCUCUCCACCCGGUCCCGCGGAAGCCACCCACGAAGUCGGACAAGCUGGUCCACCACGGGCGUCAUUUCUGCCGAACCAUCUACGCCUUCUCCAACAUCCAUGCAGUCAUCACCCACGGUCUGGCCGUAGACAACAGCGGGACGCGACCAGAAACCCAGCAACAACGACGCGCUCAUCGUGUGUAUCGGAAGCUUCUUAACCUUGUCCCGGGUUUCGAAGAUCGCCUGGCCACCGCAGAUGACGAAGACUUGAAUACCAUAGCUCGCCAUUUGCAGAAAGGUGCCAAUCAAGCUCGUUCGGACGACACCAAAAGCCUCAAGCCCGUUAUAAUUGACUGGUUGGCCCCUCCCGAUGAGCCGUUGCACCCCUCUCUGUCGCGCACCGUCAAGGUCGACAGGGGUUUCAAUCACGACCGUACUGGAGAGCUUCUCUGCCCGCCCCAUAUUAAGUGGUCAAACCCCACGAUCAAACAGCAGCUUCGCAACAAAUCACUUGUUGUGGUUGGGAGCGAUCUCCCGUCUUUCCUUUGGGAAGACGGUAUGUAUGACCGAAAGGAUAUCUGGAAGGGGUUCUUCAGAAACACGAUUCUCGUGAAGGCAUACAAACACAUCUUUACAUCUCCAACCUCAGUCAGUGACGUGCCCAAGGCCACGCGAUCCGGGAAUGCGCGAAUUCAUGGAAUGACGGCGGCUACCCCUCCAUCGCUAGCGUAUGUCGCUGUACAGGUUCGUUUUGCGUUGUCCUCUGAAACCGCGUUCAUCCGCUCGGAGGGCAAGAGCGAUUGCGAGCAGUUCUACGAGGCCCUUCUUGACAUCUUCGAGGAUGUUCAUCAACAACACAAGGUCAUCGAGCUACUGAAUUGGUACAAUCAGCAGGUGUUUCCUGCAUUCACAAACUCGAAGCGCAUCGUCGCCGACGACAGCCCGUACGCACUUUUCAAAGCCUUUAGCCAAUCAGUCAAAGACGCCAAGGCUCAGGAAAAAGCUCUCAAGCCGUCGAACGGCGGUCGCCGCCAGCAGCCCGUCGCUUCAUCAUCGAGAAUACUGGAUCCCGUACAUGAGGAGGAAGGCAGAGAUGACAAGCAGAAGCGAAUACUUUCUGCCAGCGGUACGAUCUCCACCCCGAAGGCUCAGACUGCCGCACUCACCGCGAGGAUUACUCGCUCCGUCGCGAAGCAGCAGUCCGGGCGUGGACUACCAUUCUGA